AUGCCUCACUCUCUGGGUAUGGACAGCCUGCCGCCCGGCUAUGGUACUGCCCCCCUCUGGGUUGACAGCCUGCCGCCCGGCUAUGGUAGCCCCCUUGUGGCAUAUGACAGCCUGCCGCCCGGCUAUGGUCACGCCCCCCUUGGCCUGCCGCCCGGCUAUGGACGCCCCCCUCUGGGUAUGACAGCCUGCCGCCUGGCCUAUGGUACGCCCCCCUCUGGGUAUGGAGACUGCCUGCCACCCGGGCUAUGGUACGCCCCCCUCUGGUAUGGCAGCCCUCCGCACGGCUAUGGUUACGCCCCCCUCUGGUACUGGGCAGACCUCCGCCACGGCUGUACGCCCCCCUCUGGCCCUCCGCCCGGCUAUUGGGUACGCCCCCCUCUGGGUAUGACAGCCCUUCGCCCCGGCUAUGCACGCCCCCCUAUGGGUCAUGACAAGCCCUCAGCUCCGGCUAUGGUAACGCCCCCCUCUGGGUAUGACAGGCCCUCCGCCCUCCGGCUAGGUACGCCCCCCUUGGGUAUGGACAGCCCACCGCCCUCCGGCUUUAGGUACGCCCCCCUCGGGUAUGACAGCGCCGCCCUCGGCUAUAGGUACGCCCCCCUCUGGCCGCCGCCGCUCCGGCUAUGGGACGCCCACCCUAUGGGUAUGACAGCCACCGCCCUCCGGCGAUGGUACGCCCCCCUACUGGGUAUGACAGCCCGCCGCCCUCCGCUAUGUUACGCCACCUCUGGUUAUGACAGCCACCGCCCCGGCUAUGGUUACGCACCCCUCUGGGUAUGA